AUGCCAGGCCCUGUUCUGACUUCUUACCUUGAUCAAAUCAACAAUAUAAACCGUCCCCAUUGUCCACCUUUUCCGGACCGCACUGAGGUCGAAGGUUAUUCAAACGUCCCUGGACCGAGUGUCGUCGAUCCAUCCAUGUGGAGUUACACCUGUGAAAGCAUUUUACCAGUCGGCAGACCUGGCAAUUUUACCCCCGGUGGACGAUCUAAUUCUUUGGACAAGACUGAAUCUCUGUUCUCCGCUCUCUACGACGGGGACGGGCUAGAGACGCCAGCUUUCGACUUUGCAGAGACAAUUUUCAACGAGGACGAAAUUGUCGGAAGGAGUGAAGGAUCAUCACAGGCCGCGCCGCGUUUCGCACUACCGGCACAUCAUCUGGCAGAGAACACCAAUAGGUUGCUCAUCUCAACAAGCUUAAAGCACAUCUACUCUGAUACUCUGGAGAAUGCACUGUUAUGCUGGGUGACGGAACAAAGCUGCCCAUACAACGAUGAAGGUAUUCUCUCGCAUCGAUGGCAGCAACAGCGGUUUCAUGGAACGAACAUCGCCACCAAGAACGGCAUGAUUCAGCGAAUUCACAGACUAGAUCGCGCAUCUUGUGUUCUCGGCGGGCGUAAACUGUCACCUACAGAAAGUCGACUUGCGUCGCACGCUCUGAAUGCUGUGAUAAUGGCAUUCGCAGCCCAGUGGUCCCAACUUAGUGGCGCAAAUGAGUCGGGCUUAUUAGAUAUACGAACCCUAAGAGCUCGCCAACAAUCUUUUCACGAACUUGGGAGAUUGGUCGAUCAGUCAUUGUUCGACUUUGCCGAAGCAAAAUUAGCCAGUUUCGACCGAUCUCUUCAAGUGACACUGUGGAACGAGGCCUCUCGAGCGCUGCAACAAGCCAUGGCGAUUGAUUCGUUUCAGGUUGUAUUCGCGCAAGUCAUUUUUGGCUUCACACAGCGUCCACUCUCGCCAGAGGACUUUCAACGGGUAAAGAAUCAUGGAGAAGAGACCACCCACUAUCUUGGAUUGAAUGGUUUUCAAAGGAUGGGAUCCCUUGGUAGGGCCACAUGGAGUGACGACGUGCAUGUAUACCAGGCCGAGCCCACCGAAGAAUUUGUGUCAGUCGACCACGUGACUGCGCCCGAGUUUGCUGAGACCCAGGAGUUACUCGACCUGGAUAAAGAUCCUCUGCACUUGCGUGACUCUCUCAUGCGACUAGCUGCGAAACGAGUCAAGCUCAGUACAAAGAGACCGAGGCUUGAUACGGCGUGGAUGACGGUCGAAUCGAGACCUCCCUUUCCAGACGAAGCCUCCUCCGAGUUUCUGAUAGAUCGAAUGACUUUCAACCAGUUAUUCUGGCUAGUUAUGAUGUGCGACACGCUCUCCGCAGCCAUCAACAACCGGUUACCCAUUGUUUCUGAUGAAGAUUCGGUGAUCCUGUCCGAGACUGACAGAAAGGCAGGCCAGGCUAAAACCCCAGAGAGCUCGCACACCAGUGCCGUACCUGUUGUGAGAGUCUCCACCUCAGUGCCAGCAGCCAUGCAUAGCACGUACCCGGAGGUGGAAGACAAUCCUUGGGGAAAGUACUUUCUUGGGAGAAACACAGCCGCCAACGCGGUAGGGUCAGUGCAGUGGCCAUUUUCGAAGGAGACAGCAAGUGCACUUCUCUCGGAGGCGGCACCUGUUAAGGCCCUUCUGUACCGGAAAGUCAAACAAGUGCAGAACGCGCAGUUCCGGCGUGCUUCGCCGGCAGUAUUGGAACAGCUGAUCCUGGAAGCUCUCAAAGUCUACGAGCACUGGAAUUGGAAUUAUGGACAGUUGUUCACGACCUGCAUUCAGCACCAUGACGAGCUACCAUUACAGAUUCAGUCAUGGUAUUCAGUCCUGGCGAGUCACUGGAACUUAGCUUGUUACCUGCUGGUCGACCUUAUCGAGGAAUUGGACAGAUCUGGAGAGACCGAUAAGUGCCACGCGGCGAUUCGGAAAUCGUGUGGCCUUUUAUUCCACAUCAGGAAACAAAGCGCGUUCGAGAUGGCCGAUCUCGGUCGAGUUGGACGAGUGCGACAGGACUGCAGCUUCAGCCAGAGCAACGAAUUCCAUCCCACGGUCAAGGACGGGGCGCUUCUCACAGAGCCCUGGACUGAGAUCAUGAUUCGCUCCUUCGCCAGAAUUUCGGAGCAAUUUUUGAGAUGGCUUGGUGAGAUUGGCCAGCCGUUGAGAGAAGACUAUGGCAUUUCAGGCAUGUGGCUUCCUGGAGAUCGGGAUCGGCUUUACGCAAGCCUAGAUUAUUGCGUCGAAGCUCUGCUGGAUCUUGGGAGGAAGUCAGAUAUGGCAUUCCUGUUGGCAAUCUCCAUGAAGCGAAGAAUGGUUCGAUUCAGCAGGGACGUGACAGGGUGA